AUGGGUCGGCAGCUGGCCGUACUGAACGAGAAGCCUCGACACUUGCCUGGACCCGAGCUCCUACACGAGCUUAUUGCAUGGGAAGCAUCACCUCACGAUGUCGCCAUAGAGUACACCGAUGACCGAGGAUCAUGCCAGAUCUUGACAUACGAGCGAUUGAGGGCCAGAUCCGAUGCUUUAGCUGCUCGACUAAUCCGUGCGAGGGAUGCCGGUCGUUCACGACGAACGACAAGAUUCAUCGUUCCCUUGUACAUACAGCAAUGCUUGGAGCUGUAUGUUGCGCAGAUCGCUGUCUUAAAGUCUGGAGGGGCGUUUUGCCCAAUCUCACUGGACGUACCAGAGGACCGCCUACGUUUUAUUCUACAAGACACUGAUGCCAGUGUGCUUGUCACGGCGGCCGAUCACAUCGACCAUCUACCACAUCUUGAGGGCAUAAACGUCCUCUCUAUCGAAGACAAUGAGACCAACGAUAGACCUUUUGCUGCGCCAUCGAUACAAGCAUCCGAAGCGGCGUAUAUCAUGUAUACGUCCGGAUCCACUGGCAUACCGAAAGGUGUCGUCAUUUCGCACAGUGCGGUAACGCAAGCUCUUCUGGCCCAUGAGCGGCAUGUACCUCACUUCCGGCGCUUUCUACAGUUCGCCAGUCCGACGUUCGACGUCUCCUGUUUCGAAAUAUUUUUCCCGUUGUAUCGUGGCGCAACACUUGUGGCUUGCCACAGGAAACAGCUUCUCAACGAUCUCCCGGACGUCAUCAAUCGCUUGAAGGUUGACGCAGCAGAGCUCACUCCAUCUGUGGCUAGUACUCUUCUCCGUGGACGUCAGAGUGUGCCAGGACUUGAGCUGUUAUUGACCAUCGGCGAGAUGCUGAAAAGGUCUGUAGUUGAAGAAUUUGCAGCCAGUACCGAGCAGACUGGCAUACUUUGCGGCAUGUAUGGGCCCACAGAAGUAGCCAUACAUUGUACCGUUCAGUCAUGCUUCCAGAAAGCAAUGUCUGUGAGAGACAUCGGCAUGCCACUUGACACAGUGUCUGCUUUCGUUGUUCGGCCGGCAGAGAAUGAUGAUGGUGGGAUACCAGAGAUCCUUACUCUAGGAGAGGAGGGAGAGCUAGCUCUGGGUGGCACGCAGCUGGCAGACGGCUACCUCAAUCGUGAAGAACAAACUCGGGCGGCUUUCGUGUACCAUCCACAGUACGGAAGACUCUACCGCACUGGAGAUCGAGCGCGGAUUGGCGAUGAUGGGAGACUGGAAUGUCUUGGCCGGAUAUCUAGCGGACAGGUCAAAUUACGCGGGCAGCGCAUCGAGCUCGGAGAGAUCGAGUAUGCCGCAAGCAAGACUCCUGCUUGCGGUAGUUCCGUCGCAGAAGUAGUAGAUGGCCAGCUCGUCGUCUUCUGCGUGCGAGCAGAAACGUCACUGACAUCAAAUGGUGUGAAGCAGACUUGUGGUAAGUGGUUGCCAGUGUUCAUGGUUCCUACAACUGUGGUGCUGCUUGAUGCACUUCCAUAUCUUGCAUCGGGAAAACUCGACCGGACAGCCUUAGCAGCGCUUCGCACGCCAGAACCUCGACCGGCCCAGCGCGGCGUGCUAGAUCAUCCACCGAAUAGCCGUUUGGCUUGCGACAUCAUUAAUACGAUCAAGAAGAUCUGCGGUGUGGAAGCGGACGAGACGACGGACCUUGCUAGUGUAGGUGUUGAUUCUUUAUCUGCGAUACGCAUCGCGGCUGAGCUCCGACGGCUCGGUCAUGAUCGAACAGAUGCGACUGUGAUACUCGACGCUCGGCACAUACAAGAUCUCGAGGAGAGCAUGAAUCAGUCUACCAGCGAUACACCCACGAGGGAUGACGUCCCGAUAUCGCGACUCGCACUGAACGACGAACCUUUGUUGGCUCAUGUCCGCGAUGAGAUCGACUACAUAUCUCCUUGUACGCCGGUGCAGUCAGCAAUGUUGAGUGUAAUUGGCCGAGAUCCUCAGGCAUAUUGUAAUUCGGUCACUUUGGACGUGGAAGCAAGCGCCACGCCGGAGAAGGUUCGAACCGCCAUCCAAGGCAUCUCACAGGCCCACUCGAUGCUACGAUCCGGGUUCAUUGCCACAGCUCAGAGUCGGACUGGCUAUGCCACCAUCAUAUGGAAGAAUGCUGCUGCCGAUCGAGUCAAGAUCGUUGACCGUCUUGAUGACUCCUUCGGAAUCAAUAACGCAAUCGACUUGUUGCGGCCCUCCUGCUUCCAGGUCAUCGCACGAGGGAAUCUAGUACGUGUACUGCUGCAUAUACACCAUGCCUUAUACGAUCAAUGGUCGAUGGAUGUCCUGAAGAGGAAUCUUUCAGCCAGUAUGAAUGGUCGAGCAAUCGCCCACACCGCUUCUUUCGAGCUCGUGAGUGCGCAUUACACAUCGAAGUUGGAAGGAUCUGCCAAAGAGAAGAAUGAAGUCUUCUGGCAAGAUCAGCUGCGGGACUGUACAGCAACAUUAUUGCCGAAUAUGAAUACCAAGGUUGUUGCCCCAGGCCUACAACGAACACAAUGGCACGAUCUGGACCUGGAAAUCGCAGACGCCAGAUCGAAAGCUCUGCGAUUAGGAAUCAGCUUGCCAGCCGUGUUCCAAUCUGCGAUGGCGAUAAUACUGGGUUCUUAUUGUGGCAGCGCUGAUGUUACGUUCGGCGCUGUCUUCUCCGGCCGACACCUACCACUACCCGCCAUCGAAGAGGUCUUUGGUCCUUGCUUGGUCACUCUACCAUGUCGAGUGGACACAUCCACUGCACGAACAUGUGCCGAUAUUCUUCGGGUCCUGCACGCUGCGAAUCGUGACAUGCAGCGGCAUACAGACCUGCCUCUCGCUGAGAUUAUACAAGCUGCGGGUUGUGCGCCAGGCAGUAAACUCUUUGAUACACUCUUCGUCUGGCAGGAAACGACCUUGCAAACAGAUCAUUUAGAUAUAUGCGUCGUGGAGGCGGACUCUCGCGACCGCCAUGAAUUCAACCUUGUUCUCGAAUUCGACCCCACAGACCGCCUUUCCGUGCGCGCCACAUAUCAACGAGCCUUGAUAACCGACGAGCAAGUUGACGUCCUACUUCGUCAGCUGGUUCUGUAUGCUUCGAGGAUGCUAGAAGCUCCGGAAACACUUCUUGCAGAUCUUCAUUCGUGUCUUGACGAGAGUCUGCUAUCUGUCUCGAAUCCAGAGCCCUCGUAUUGUGCCGAUUCGCAUGGUCUCGUAGCGGCGUUCGAGCACCAGGCUACACAGCAGCCAGAUGCAAUAGCUCUCCUGUUUGCCACAUCGAUCGAGAAGGAUGGCAUGACCACCGACAGUCUCACCUUUGCCGGGCUCAACAGACAAGCUAAUCAAAUGGCGCAUUUCCUACGAUCUGUGGGCAUCGCAAGUGGCGAUCUCGUUUGCAUCUGCAUGGAAAAGUCACUCUCAUUGUAUGCAAGCAUCCUGGCCAUCCUCAAAGCCGGAGCAGGCUACGUACCUUUGACACCUGCGACUCCCAGCGCCCGCACCCGCGCGAUUGUGCAACAGGCUCAAGUACAAUAUGUGCUAUGUGAUGCUACAAGCAAGGAAAUUUUGGUGCUCAUGAACGGCACGACAGUACUUGAUGUGAGCGACAUCGACUUCCAUGACUUACCUUCUCAUGACCUUCGCCUGGCAUACGUUAGAGACGACAUCGCAUAUACUGUGUUUACUUCUGGUAGUACAGGCGAGCCCAAAGGUGUCUCUGUGACGCAUGAAAACCUCAACGGCAACCUUGCAGCAUUAUCCGAUCUCUACGGUGUGAAAUCUGGUGACCGUCUCCUGCAGGCAUGCUCACAGGCGUUUGAUGUCAGCGUUUUCGAGAUCGUGUUUGCCCUCACCAGAGGUUUAUGCUUGUGCUCUGCCUCCAAUGCUACUCUUCUCGGUGAUCUGGAGCUCAGCAUACGCUCCUUCGGCAUCACGCACUUGUCGUUGACGCCAACCGUGGCAGCUCUCAUCGAUCCUGCCAACGUACGAACAGUACGCUUUCUGGUCACCGCUGGCGAAGGCGUCACCGAGUUCGUGCGCCAGAGAUGGGCUGGUAAAGGUCUUCUACACCAAGGAUAUGGACCAUCCGAAAUCACCAACAUAUGCUCGAUCAACAUGCAGAUGUCGCUUGACGACAGCCUUGGCAGCAUAGGUCCACCACUCAAGAACACUUCAGUCUUUGUCCUCUCUCCCGAUCACGACUUCCAGAUAUUGCCUUUGGGAUCCACCGGUGAGUUGGCAUUUGGUGGCGAGCAAGUCUUCCGUGGCUAUCUUGGCCGAGACGAUUUGAACUCCACAAAAUUAUUGGAUCAUCCACGGUUCGGGCGUAUAUACAAGAGUGGAGAUACAGGCAGGAUCCAUCCAGAUGGUUCGCUGCUUAUCGCUGGCCGAAUGGACGAUCAGAUCAAGCUCCGAGGUAAUCGUAUCGAGUUAGGGGAGAUCAACGCGGCGAUCUUGAGUAAUCGGGACGUGCAAGAUUGCACUACUCUCCUUUGCGGCGAAACAGAGCCAAAUAAGCUACUGGUAGCCUUCUGGGUACCACAAGCAGCACAAACGCGGAACAGACCCGAUCUCACCAUCUACGAGACGGAUGCUUCGAAAAUUGGAUCCCUUUACGAGCAACUUGAAGAAAAGCUGCCAGCAUAUAUGAUUCCCAGCGUCUUGCUACCAGUGUCUCACUUGCCGAUGACCUCGCAGAUGAAGCUUGAUCGACGAAUGCUACAGCGUUUGAUCUCUGGUGUACAUACCGAGAUUAAGCUGCGAUAUACUCGAGGCAACGAGGUGUCGGACAACGACGAGGAGUGGACUACUGAGCAAUCUAUCAUUGCAGACGCCGUAGCUGAGAUUAUGCAGAUCUCGAGACGUACAGUCGGCAAAUCUAUCUCCUUCUUUGCACUUGGCAUGAAUUCACUCAACGCUAUUGCCGCUGCACGACAAAUAUCCGAUCGUCUCGGUCGUAUCGUCUCUAUAUCAACAUUCAUGCGCCACGCCAGCACCAAGAGGUUGGCAGCGGUCAUGCGGGCAGAAGCACAGUCAGUUUCACCUCAUCACGACCCGAGUUUUAAAGAUACCUUCAGUUCAGCCUUCCGAGCACAGGUGCACAAGGAGUACGCUGACCGUGGUCUUGCUAUAUCGGCCAUCCUGCCUUGCACACCACUACAAGAUGCAAUGCUGUCUGCGAGCGAAGCCAACACUUCCUCCUCGUACUACAACACCACCACAUACCGCAUUAGUGGUGACGUAGAGCAUUUGAAAGAAUGCUGGCAGCAACUCGCUGCAAGACAUGCAAUACUUCGUACCUCGUUCGUACGAACAGAAUCAUCCGAGCACCCUUAUGCACAAGUAGUCUCUCAACUGACUAAUCGGCCAUGUUGCUACCGACUCGAGUCUGAUGGGAAUAUUGGAUGCAAAGGGCUUACAUUUCCGCAACCUCCGCCGGAGUUGUCUCUACAUCAACCAUUCCGUAUCGAUUCAUGCGGCCAAGUUUUGAUUAUCCACAUGCAUCACGCACUUUACGAUGGUGUUAGUAUGAGCGUUCUAGAAGAUGAACUUCAGCAGCUCUACAGAGGUGAGCAUAUGACUUCUGCUAUGCCAUUCGAGCCCUAUCUCGCUUUUGCUGCGCAACACAGCAGUGCUACUGCGAUGGAUGCGUGGACUAAGCGUCUGGCCGGCUAUGUACCAAAGCCAUUUCCUUGCAUUGAUCGUACCGGACGUCACAGCAGUGGUCUUACGAGAGUGAGCAUUCUGUCGCACUCCACGGCCGAUCUCGAUGGGUUCUGCAAACGCUACGCGGUAACGCCAUUAAGCAUCCUACAAGCUGCUUGGACUAAGGUCUUGAAUAGAACCCAAGACGCGAGUGACAUCUGUUUCGGCAAUGUGGUCAGUGGACGUAGCAUACCUUUGCCUGGAGUUGAAAGACUUGUCGCACCUUGCUUCAACACUGUUCCCGUGCGGAUCAAUGUUGUACAGCACAGCAGCAAUAUAAGAUUGAUACAAGAGCUGCACAAGCAGAAUGUUGCGAACUUUCAAUAUCAAUUGACGCCUCUACGACGUCUGCAGACUCUGUCCUCUCAGCCUCAGUGCCAUCUUUUCGACUCUCUGUUGCUGUUUCAACCACCGGAGCAAGUUCUAGAUUCGUCCAUCUGGCAGAAGAUCGAUGAGAAAGGCUCCAUGGAUCUACCAAUUGUCGUAGAGAUCGUUCCAGGCAUCGACGCAUAUACUGCAAAGCUACACUUCCUACGGACGCACAUCACCGAUGAGCUUGCGAAGACUAUGCUACAGGCUUUCACGGACUCUUGUGGUCUAUGCAUACAAUAUCCUUCAGGAGAACUUCGUGAUCAGGCUACAUCCGAUCUCAAGGGCAGACUCGUGCCUGUGAUAGAUAUGGUGCCGCAAAUCCACCCUGACGCUGCUAUUCUUGGUGCUGGAGAGGAAGUAUGGACGUCAGACAUGUUAUUGGUGCGCGACUCAUUCGCUAGGCUUUCCAGAGUAGGCGGCCAGAGAAUCAUGCAGCAUACAUCAAUGUAUCAACUCGGCCUAGAUAGCCUGAACGCUGCACAGAUCGCAUAUUCUCUGCGCAAGAAUGGCCUCCGUGUCGAUGCCGCGGAUGUUCUACAAGCACUGACGCCGGCUGCUAUCGCAAAAGUAGCAUCUAGUGAAGAUGACUCCGAAGCAGAAGAGACACAAGCAAUUGACCUGCUCUCCUUCGAGGCUACACAUCGAGAGGCGCUCGUUCAUGCCGGGUUCCUGCAGAUCACGGAUAUAAAAAGCAUCAGACCUUGCACGCCUGCUCAGCACGGUAUGCUAGCUCAAAGCCAGCAUAUGAAAGGUCAACUAUACGUCAACCAUAUAUUAUAUCGACUACUAGCUACGACAAGCGCCUCACAGAUCAUCAGUGCGUGGCUCUCGGUGCAGAGAAAGCAUCAAGCUCUUCGGACCGGUUACUGGCAAACAGAUGAUGCUGCUAUGCCAUAUUUCGCGCUUGUAUGGAAGGCAAAUGCCGUGACUGUUUCAGCAUCGAAGCAUGUCUCGAUGACGGACAUUGAGGAGCUCGAGUCGAUGGCAUCGACUGCGAUACUGUCGGAACUGCAUCGCCCGGCAUGGCGACUGCAUAUCGGUAGGCAUGAAGAUGGACAAGCUAUGAUGUUGUCUGUUCACCAUGCGCUGUACGAUGCUGAAGGCCUGCAAUAUCUCAUUGCCGACUUUGAGGCAGCUCUUCGUGGAGAACACAUCGGCGCUGAGAUGAGCACUGAUACUCUAUUAAUGGCAGCACUUGGUCCUGGAUGGCUACAGCCGCGAGAAAGUACCGAGUACUGGCAGAAAAUCCUGAAGCACGCAAGGCAGGUAUUCUGA